AGUUCUUCGCUAUAUGCUACUUCACUCCAUAAGUUGUUUAAGCGGUGGUGUUCUCAAGAACGAAUGUGUCCAAAGGUGAAAAGAAGUUGACCUUAAAACGGAAAGGCAGAAAUUGAAAAAUAUCGAGUAAAGCUAGGAUUGUCGCCGGAAAAAAACAAAAAUAGAAGCAGAAAAAUGGAACUAGCAAGUACGCACAUUAUAUCGCAGAAAACCUAUAAAUCCUCCAGCCAAGGUGCUUCCUUCUAACAGUUGUUUGGCCUGCCAUGUUUCCUCUUUGCUUUUCUCUCUGCACGCUUUCUAUCAUUAUGUCUUCUCCCCAAAGUGAAGAAAGAUCCCCUGACCAAUAGAGCGAGAGAGUGAGGGAGAGAGCAGCAUAUUUAUAUCAACUACCAUAUCAAAAGAAGAGUUUAUCUUCAAAAUGAGAGACCAAAACUGGGUUGUUCAUUUAUCUUUGUUUCUAGUAGUCGGUAUCCAUUUUCUUCAUGGCCAAGUUGCAGUUUCAGCAGAAACAGAGCCAGAAACUCCUGCUUGCUCUGCCUCUGACAGGGCUGCGCUUCUCAAUUUCAAAUCCAGAGUCGUAAGAGAUACGACCGGCAUUCUAUCCUCUUGGGUAGGCGAUGACUGCUGCGGAGCGUGGGAGGGAAUCGAGUGCGACACGACUACAGGAAGGGUGAUUGGUCUGCAACUGCAAGGCCGCCCUACUACAGACAGCAGCAUCUUCAUGAAGGGAACCCUCUCUCCUUACUUGGGUGACCUUCAGUUCUUGCAGGUCCUGUUGAUCUCCGGUCUCAGACUGAUCACAGGCCCCAUCCCCGAGAGUAUCUCAAGGCUGUCACUCCUUACCCAACUCUAUCUUGAGAACAACAUGCUGGAAGGAAGCAUCCCCUCAGGCUUAGGUAAGCUGCCAUUGCUCAAAGCCCUCUCCCUCGGAGGUAACCGGCUGUCGGGGACAGUGCCUCCAAGUUUAGGCAACCUAAGGAACUUGGUCCAAAUCAACCUGGGGAAGAACCUUUUAACAAGUGGAAUGCCAUUCACUUUGAGAAACCUCCAUGGCCUGCAAUUUCUAGACCUGAGCUCUAACCUUUUCUCUGGGUACAUUCCUAACUUUCUUGGAGACUUGAAGAAUCUUACAUACCUUGACCUGUCCCAUAAUGAAUUCAGUGGAAGCAUACCAAGCUCAAUUUGUAACUUGCUCAGAAUAGUAGACAUGAAUUUAGAGUACAACAACCUUACAGGAGUUCUUCCACCACAGAUAGGCAACCUGAGAACUCUCAACACUAUCUCUGUUAGCCACAAUCAUCUUAUAGGAACCAUUCCUGCAUCUCUGGCCGGGCUGCCAAGUCUAUGGUACCUUAACCUCUCAAGCAACGCGUUUUCUGAUCCAUUGCCGGAGUCCCUUGCCAAAGGCCUCCCGUCUCUGCUAUCCAUCGAUCUCUCCUACAACAAUCUCCAACUGGGAACAGUUCCAAACUGGAUAACAAACAGAGCAUUGAGAGCCGUCCACCUUGCAGGAUGCAGAAUAGGAGGCCCUCUGCCGAAAUUCCCCAAUGCUUCUAGCAUUACUUCCAUAGAUCUGUCUGAUAACUCCAUUACCGGCCAAAUUGGCAACUUCUUUACCCCCAUGACAAGCUUGGAGACAGCAAAGAUAUCAAACAAUAAGCUGGAAUCUGAUGUAUCACAAAUUGUUCUCCCAAGCCAGCUGGCUACCAUAGAUUUACAUUCAAAUCAUCUAUACGGCCAGGUUUCAGGAUUCCUGGCAAACUCAGACCGUUUUCUAGAGUCGGUGUGUUUAUCUGGCAACAUGAUCACAGGUACCAUUGCAGAAUUUGCAGAAGGGCAGAAUUUGAGAAUCCUGGAUCUAUCUAGCAACAGAAUCACGGGCCCUCUUCCCAAGUCUCUGUCAAAUUUGGUCAACCUUCAGAGAUUGGAUGUAUCAAGGAACGGAAUUGAGGGCAACAUCCCAGUAAACCUGAGCCAGUUGAAGAGUCUGGAGUGGAUCGACGUGUCCAUUAACAGACUGCAGGGAAGCAUUCCAAAUUCCCUUGUAGCCCUCACAAGGCUGAGGCAUGCAAAUUUCAGAAGCAAUUUUCUCUGUGGCCUUAUACCACAGAGGAGGCCUUUCAACAUCUUCCCUGCAGCGGCAUACGCACACAACAAAUGCCUAUGCGGUACUCCGCUGCCACCUUGUAGGCAAAGAGAUUUCUAGCGCUGAGCCAGCACGCCGCUGACUCAGAAGCCAAAUGGGAUCUACGAGUCAUGACAUCAUUGGACUCAAGCAGAAAUAUCUUGAUUUUGACCAUGAAAGAAAACACAGAAAGGAAUGACAGUGGGGACUCAGCCAUCACGUUUAACUUUCAGAUCCCUUGUUCUUUCACGUAUCUCGUGGAUUUUAUCGGUUGUUCAUUCAUGAAAAGUGAGAGAAGAAUCCCCUUUUUCUCUUACCUAGAAUGCUUGUUUUAUGACUAGA